AAGAAAGCCAAGAAGAGGGUAGAGGGUGGAAGUUCCAACGUGUUCUCCAUGUUCGAGCAGACCCAGAUCCAGGAGUUCAAGGAGGCCUUCACAAUCAUGGACCAGAACAGAGACGGCUUCAUUGACAAGAAUGACCUGAGGGACACAUUUGCUGCCCUAGGACGAGUGAACGUGAAAAAUGAAGAGAUUGAUGAAAUGAUCAAGGAAGCUCCAGGUCCAAUUAACUUCACUGUGUUCCUCACAAUGUUUGGGGAAAAACUUAAAGGGGCUGACCCCGAGGAGACCAUUCUCAACGCAUUCAAGGUGUUUGACCCUGAAGGCAAAGGGUCGCUGAAGGCUGACUAUGUCCGGGAGAUGCUGACCACACAAGCAGAGAGAUUUUCCAAAGAGGAGAUCGACCAGAUGUUCACAGCCUUUCCCCCAGAUGUCACCGGCAAUCUAGAUUACAAGAACUUAGUCCAUAUCAUCACCCACGGGGAGGAGAAGGACUGA